ACCACAUAGUUAUGCAGAUAUGGGAUGAUCAGAAAUGUCUGCCAAACUUUCACAUGCGUAAGGCACUUUCAUGGAAGUUUACACAUUGCUUUCCCCUGCCCUGAAGCUCAGAAAUACCAGAAUGAGACCCACUCUGACAAAGGAGAAGCGAGUGGCAAUUUCCCUGUGGAAGUUUGCAAUGCCAUAGAGAUAUCGGUCAGUUGCGAAUCAAUACGGAGUGGGGAAAUCUUCAGUGGGGCUGUUGUGAUACAAGUAGCCAAAGCAAUCAAUACCCUGCUGCUACGGAGGGUAGUGACUCUGGGAAAUGUGGAAGACAUAGUGGAGGGCUCCGGUGGGGUGCCAGAUGAAAUGCACAUCCCCAGCAAGGCAUACCUUGCUGAAGAGUACAUAAACCACAAGCGGUACCUCUUGAUACAGGCGCUGGUGGAUCACAAGGGCUGUUCCACUGACAUCAAUAGGAAAUGGUUGGGAAAGAUACAUGCCACACACAUCUUUAGGAACUCCUGCCUCUUCAGAAAGUUGCAAUCUGGAACUUUCUUCCCGGACCAGAAAAUUAACAUAGGAGGCAUUGAAAUGCCAAUAGCCAUCCUUGGUGACUCAGCCUACCCCUUUGUUCCUGUGGCUCAUGAAGAUGAUACCGGCAGCCUAGACUGCAGUAAGGAGCAGUUCAACUACAGGCUGAGCAAAGUGCAGAAAGGUGGCAGAAAGCGCUUUUGGGCAUUUAAAGGGAAGGUUCUGCUGUCUACUGACUAGGUUAGACUUCAGUGAAUGCAACAUUUCCAUUGUAGUGGCAGCCUGAUGUGUGUUCCAUAUUUGUGAGAGCAAGGGGGAAAGUGGCGGAGUGGGGGGUCGAGGCACAGCACCUAGUUAGUGAUUAUGAGCAGCCAGACCCCAGGUGAAUAAGGAGAGUACAGUGAGGGGCAAAGCCAAUCAGAGAGGCUUUGUGUGGUGGGGCGUACCAGUCCCACACUGGAGAAGCUGGGCCUAACCAGGCUCACCUGGUUGAGGAAGUCCUGCCCCCGCGACCCUGCUGGGCAAGCUUGUACUACAGCUCAGGUAUACAGGCCUGGAGACAGGCUCAGUCUGGGCUGGCUGCUGAGGAGGAAGGAGGCAUGGCCAGAGCUCCUGCAGGCAAACCGCCAGAGGUAUCAGACCUGGAGACCAGCCUGCAAGACACCAGGGCCGCGGGAGAGGAUCUGGAGAAAGAGAUACUGACUGAUGGUGGCCAGAAACCUGCACCGUAUGCUGCAGUGAUGCCAG